UAUAUAUAUAUAUAUACUUAUUGGUUGUGUGUGUGUGUAUAUAUAUGCAGCCUUGUAGCAGAGAAAUGCAAGAAAUGAACUCUCUAUUGAACGCCUCAGCUUCCGCCUCUCAACUCUCCCUCCAAGAUCACCACCACCUCCAACAACAACAAUCUCACUCUCAUAGCUCCCAGAUGCAUCCACAAACUCCGAACCCCUCCGCGUCCCACUUCGACUCCGCCACCCACGACGACUUCCUCGAGCAAAUGCUCUCCACCCUCGGCCCCUCCUGGGCCUCCGCCGCCGACGACGCCCCGCCUCCGCCCUCCUCCAACCCUGACAAUGUCGUCUUCUCCUACGACGACUCCGCCACCCUCUCAUCCAAGUUUCGCAGCCAGCAGAUCAGCGCCGGUUCCGGCGCUAACAAGUCCGCCUCCGCAUCUGCCGCCGCUGCUGCCGCCAUGAUGCUCCAGCACCAGCUCAUGAUGUCCAGAUCAGGCGCCGCUGACUCCGGCUUCUCUCCCAUGGGCUUGUCCUUGCGGAACAACGGAGACUUUGACCGGUCCAACAGCGACGUCGGCGACGUCUCCUCCUUCAAAUCCCCAAAUACGGGGGGAGGCGAUGGGGCUUCUUCUGUUCAAUCCCUGUUCAAUGGCUUCGGCGGAUCACUGCAUGGAGCUGCAAAUUCUCAGUCUCCCAAUUUUCACCACCCUCAGGGAGGUCAGCUGCUGGCGCAGAACUACGGAGGUGCAGGGGCGGCGAUGAACCAAGCUCCGGCAGGUGGGUCUGCUGGGGCUGCGCCGGCCCAACCCAAGCCCAGAGUCAGGGCGAGAAGAGGUCAAGCCACUGACCCGCACAGCAUAGCCGAAAGAUUACGGAGAGAGAGAAUUGCAGAGAGAAUGAAGGCUCUGCAGGAGCUGGUUCCCAACGCCAACAAGACGGACAAAGCUUCAAUGCUGGAUGAGAUAAUCGAUUAUGUUAAAUUCCUCCAGCUCCAAGUCAAGGUUCUGAGCAUGAGCAGGUUGGGCGGUGCAGCUGCUGUUGCUCCCCUUGUUGCUGAUAUGUCCUCUGAGGGUGGCGGUGACUGUAUCCAAGCCAGUGCCAACGGCGGGACCCGCGGACGGAGCUCAAACGGCAACCAAACGGCGUCAUCAUCUAACGACAACAGCAUGACGGUGACGGAACACCAGGUCGCGAAGCUCAUGGAGGAAGACAUGGGCUCCGCCAUGCAGUACCUCCAGGGAAAAGGACUCUGCCUCAUGCCGAUUUCCUUGGCCACCGCCAUCUCCACCGCCACGUGUCACUCCAGGAACCCCCUCCUCCAGAACAGCAACAACAACCCGGUCAUCCCGUCCAACGGUGGCGACGGGCCAUCUUCACCCAGCAUGUCGGUGCUGACCGUCCAGUCAGCCACCAUGGGUAACGGCGGGGUUGAGGGUUCCGUCAAAGACGCCACCUCCGUUUCCAAGCCCUGACUGAGGGCGCCGCCGUCGAUCGUCGACUGACCUUUUGGCUUUGGUCUUUACUUUUUAGCGAUAAAUGAACACACAGUGACGUGGGCUCCGAGGCCGUCCAAAGUCUACGAAAAUAAGGCAUCUGGGGUGGUGCUUUUCCAACGACGCCGUAUUUGCGUAGACUUUGGCUAAAAGCUAUCUCAAGCACACCACGAGAACCACCCGAUCCCUAUAAACCCUUUUCCUUCUAAAAGAGGUUUUUAAUUUAGUCUUUCGUUUGUUUAUCCUAAAAAAAAUAUUUAAUCUUUCUGUUGUUGUUGUUUUUUUUUUUUUUUUUUUUAAAGUUUCCUGAAGAAAAUUAUAAAUUUCUAUUGCAAUUUGCCUUGCCAUCC